UCACAGAGUAUAUUCAAUACUAGAUUUUGACAGAAACACAAUAGUGAUCAAUAAACCGAUGUAAUCAAUCGCAAAAACAUGGAUAACAAGCCGAGUUUAAGCCAAUAUUUUGGCAGUAAUGAAGUACCACCAGCUUCCCAAUUCUUCGACGAAAUAGGAACAUCGCCUACAGAUAUGAUACAGAGUGUUUAUUUGGGAGAUCCGGAUACACGCCCGCAGACUACUGCAACGGGAAUUUUCCCACAAAAUAUGACUACGUCUUUCAUACAAAACAAAAUGCCUCAAGAGAUGACGUUUACUAACGUCGUACCCACAGUGAGCGGUUCUACGGCCAUUCCAGCUGCAAGCCUGCCUGAUCCAUCAACAUUCUUCGAUACUAUAGGACCGGAACCACAAAUCGGAUCUAUCAAAAGCGGUGUUACUGCAACUUCCGUGCUAUCUGAUGCAAUGGAUGGAUUAAGUAUCAAGAACCAACCCAUAGAUAAAGAUGCAGACCGAAGAAGAGAUGCGUGGAUUCCUAAUGAAGAUGCUAAGAAAACAUUAUUGAAGGCCCAAUCUUCACCGAAGGGUUCAUUUUUCCCCGAAAGAGAAGUGCUCACAAUGCCUGGGAUAGUUUUGGAAGAAGAAUUGGCAGAUGCACUUCAAGAAGUAGCGGUUAAAUACCUCGGAGUAAGUUCGGCCGGGAUACACGGUGUGGUCCGCGCGGAGCACGUGAGCAGAGACGAGGCUGGAUUAAGAGAAUUACUUCGUACGGGCUAUUUGCGAUCUGCAAUCAAUCUUACGGCUACACUGAUCAGUGCCGCUGGACAAGGUGCAGGUCGCAUGCACAGACCAACUAAGCAUACGCCAAGAUCGUUACAGCUCUGGUUAACAAGAUUCGCAGUCAUGUGCCGCAUUAAACUUUAUGAGCCAUUGAUGAAGGAGGCUGAGCCGUUUGGAGAUUUCUCUAAACCGGAUAUGUUUUAUCAGUUCUAUCCGGACUCAUACGAGAAUCGAACCGGUUCACUGGUGCCGUUCUCAUUGCGUCUCUUGAUCGCUGAACUACCGAUGCACGCAAAUAAACCAGAAGAAGCAAUGGAUAGAUUGUACGCGAUGCUCGACGUCAUAGAACAGAUGAUAGCAAACCUGAACGAGGGUAAGAUCGAAGACGGUACUGGCACCAUCUCAAUAGAGGACCAGAAUGAAUCGUUGCGGCUUUGGACAGCUAGACAGACGCGAGUUUUACAUUCGAUCGUAAACUGUGCGAUCGCGUUAAAGGACUACCGGCUGGCCGGCAACGUGCUGUCGUCGCUGGGCGCGGGGGCGGGCGCGGGCGCGGGCGCGGGGGCGGCGCAGCGCCGCGCCGUCGCCAGCGCGCUCUGCCGCGUGGCGCUGCUGGCGGGGCACGUGCGCGCCGCCGCCCGCCACUGCGACGCCGCGCGGGACCUGCGCCACCAUCUAUGCCCAACCCCGGAUGUACGAGAGUACGUCGACCUCGGUCUUAUAGAUAUAGCGCAUGGAAAAUACCAGGACGCAUACAACAAUUUCGCGAAAGCAGCCGACCAGGAACCAACGAAUAUUAUGGUUGCAAACAACUUGUCAGUAUGUCUUCUCUACAUGGGACGACUCAAAGAGGCCAUUGCUGUACUCCAAAAAGCAAUCCACUCGGAUCCGGAACGCGGGUUAAAUGAGAGCCUACUUAUAAACCUUUGCACAUUGUACGAGCUAGAAUCUUCUAAAACUAAUGAAAAGAAACUCAAUUUGUUAAGAAUGCUGUGCAAACAUAAGAGCGAUACAAUCCCUAAUGUUUUGGAAUGUCUGAAGUUAACUUAAUUAUAUGUAAAAAUAAAACUUUAGAUAUAUGGCAUCCGUAAGUCUUAAAUCAUUUGUAUAUGUAUGAAG